AUGGCACAGAACAAGCACCCUUGUUGGGCAGAGGGUGCCAGCGAUGCAAUGCACAAAUACCUUUUUGAAAAAAUGAAGAUGAAAGAAGCCAACUGGCUUGUGGUUUGUGAGACUAAACCAGAGCAUUUCAUCACUAGUUCAGAUUUAAUUACACCUUCCGUGGGAACACUUGUUGAGGUUGCUUGCAAACCAUCUCAGAGUUCAUUGUGUCAGCUCAAAUCCUCCCUAUCUUUUGCUGAACCAUUUUCCUCUCAUUUUGAAAGUAUACCAAGAGAACUGGUUGAUCAUGUUCUGGAGGAAGUGGAGCUUUGUGCAUCAUUGCUGGAAGCCUGGCCUGUAGAGUGUCAGGAUAUCCUUUACUUCUUCAGUGACUUCAUUUGGAGGGGCUGGGAUGGUGAUGAAAGUUGUGGGACUGAAUCUCAUGUCAGACUUGGUAAAACUGGCUCAAGGGCUAAGCUGCACAGUUUGCUCAAAUGUAGGAAGCGAUGCUCACUUUUUCCUGCACGGAUGAAAGAUUUUUCUAUGGACACUCCAUCUCAGCAACAUGGUAAUUUGAACGUGGCUUUAGAAAGUUGUUACAGUGAAGAUCACGUGGUCUUUUUCUCAGAAGAAUAUGAGGCUGUAAACUUACCCUUGUUAACUAAAGACACUAACCACCUCAUGAGAGCUUUGAGCUAUCAAAAACCCAAGGGACAACCCCAACAUACCUUAGGUGGGUACAGCAGAGAACAGUUGGUGGUGUCGUGGCUGCUGAAUCUGGCUCCUACUGUCACUGGGGCUUCUCUGACCGCCACAGAGAACGAGAUUACUGGAGCUCAGGGUACUGGUAUUCAGCUGCACACAAGGAGCGCAGCCAUCUCGGAGAGUUACAAAAUCUGUCACUGCAAUAGUACCAGAACCAGCAAGACCUCACAUCACAGCCAGGGUGCCAUUAAUGUUAAGACACCUUCCUCACUGCGUGCACCAGAGGCAACACCUCCUGCCACUGCCCCGGGCCGGCGCAGCCAGGUCCGAGCCCAUGCACUAGAAGUGAGAAGGGAGCCCAACCGCUUCAUACACAUGCAGGUGUAG